CACAAGCACCAGACUGCGCAGCGCUGCACUCUGUCUCUCGCAUCGAGACCAUGUCAUCUCGCCUACGCCUGGGCACUUGCCGCAGCGUCGCCCGUCGUGGCUUCAGCAGCAACAGCAGCAGCAACAGCGUCGUCGCGAGUGGACCAGCAGUGUACUGUCUACGCCCGUCUGGUGCUCUGCCGUGUGCCCGUGUUCGUCGUGAUAGCCUUUCGCCCUUCACUCGUUUCAGCGUAUGUACCGUACACAAAGAAUCUAGCCGCCGCCAAGAAUGACCUGGAGCCCUGAACCACGCGGACCCCGCAGCGACAUGUAGUUCCCCGCCAUCACCAACUUCGCCCUUUCACCACCGCCCAACCAUCCGCCACGCCUACCAUGAACCCCGAUAUCCUGAAGCACUACCUGGCCGACAGCCCUCCCUCUGUCGUGCCCUUGGCCAUCAAGCCCCACUUUGAAGCUCUCAACGACCAGGAGAAGCUCUACGCUCACUACAUCUCCGUCGCCUGCUUCGCUGGUACGCGCAUCGUCCUCCGUCAGGUCUCCCCCGAGUCCGAGCACAUCUACGACUUCAUAAUCACCCUGUACAAGCAUGCCAAGGGCGACUGGAAGAAGGUCCAGAAGGACGCUGGCCUCUCGGAUGACGAGCUCAAGGCCUUCCUCGAGUACUCGGCCCAGUUCCUGGGCAACGCCGGCAACUUCAAGAGCUUCGGCGACUCCAAGUUCGUCCCGCGACUUGAGGCCAGGCAGCUGAAGGCACUGGCCACACUGACGCCCGAGACCCUGGAGUUGUACGAGAAGUUCAAGGACAGCAUAUUUGCGGGUAAAAAUGAGGAGAGCAUGCUUCUUGGCUACCCUGAUGGAGGCCAUGUCACCGCAUAUUACCCCGACUCGCCUGACAUCACCAAGGAGGAAAUCACUAUCAUCAGCGACUUCCUUGAGUCAAAGAAAUUGCUACCCGAGAACACGAGAGUCCGGAAGACGAAGGAUGGUUUUGACGUUCUGAUUGCAUCCGCUAUUCAAGAUCCCUCGAAGGAUGCGAGGGAUAUCUCGGAGUCGGAAUGGGAGCUGGAGGGUAAGCUCAAGGGUAAGAAGCUGAGACUGGUCUUCGGCGACUACUCGAAAGAGAUGGCCAAGAUCGCCGAGGCCAUCAAGCAGGCUCAGAAGUAUGCGCUCAAUGAUACGGAGAAGAAGAUGAUGGAGGAGUAUGAGAAGUCUUUCACCACCGGUUCUCUUGAAGCAUACAAGAACAGCCAGAGAUACUGGAUUCGUGACAAGGGCCCUAUGGUUGAGACCGACAUUGGUUUCGUCGAAACCUACCGUGACCCUCACGGCAUCCGUGGCGAGUGGGAGGGCUUCGCCGCCAUGGUCAACAAGGAGAGAACUAGAGCUUUUGGUGAAUUGGUAGAAUCCGCGCCCAAGUUGAUCCCUAGACUUCCUUGGAAUAAAGAGUUCGAGAAGGACAAGUUCCUGAGCCCUGACUUUACCUCGCUUGAGGUUUUGUCCUUCGCUGGUAGCGGCAUUCCGGCGGGCAUCAACAUUCCUAACUACGAUGACAUCAGGCAGACGGAAGGCUUCAAGAACGUCAGCUUGGGCAAUGUUCUUUCGGCGAAGCCUCCGAACGAGCCAAUUCCCUUCAUCAAAGAGAGCGACUUGGAAACGUACAGCAAAUGGCGUGACGCCGCCUUUGAGGUUCAAGUUGGCCUUCACGAGCUCCUUGGCCAUGGCUGUGGCAAGCUCCUGCAAGAGACCAAGCCUGGCGAAUACAACUUUGAUAUCAAGAACCCUCCCGUGAGCCCACUCACAAACAAGCCUAUCACCACCUGGUACAAGCCUGGCCAAACUUGGGGAUCAGUUUUCGGUCCUGUAGCAGCCAGCUACGAGGAGUGCCGUGCCGAGUGCGUGGCCAUGGCUCUCUCUUGUGACUUUGACAUCCUUUCCAUCUUCGGAUUUGGUGAUGGCAAGACCGACAUUGAUGGCCCGGCCGGCGACGUCCUCUACGCAGGCUACCUCAGCAUGGCCAGAGCUGGUGUCGUUGCCCUGGAGUUCUGGGAUCCCAAGUCGCGUAAGUGGGGCCAGGCACACAUGCAGGCCCGCUACUCUAUCCUCCGCACCUUCUUGAAUGCUGGAAAGGAGUUCUGCGAGCUUGAGUACACCAAGGAUGAUCUGUCCGACCUCACCAUCCGCCUGGAGCGCAGCAAGAUCUUGAGUCACGGCCGUCCUGCUGUCGAAAAGUACCUGCAGCAACUUCACAUCCUCAAGGCGACGGCGGAUGUAGAGAAUGGCACGAAGAUGUACGAUGAUAUCACGCACGUUGACAACUUCUUCGCGGAGAAGGUUCGCCCCGCAGUGCUGGAGAAGAAGCAGCCCCGCAAGGUGUUUGUGCAGGCAAACACGGUGUUGGAGGGCGACAAAGCCGUCCUCAAGGAGUACGAGCCAACUCUGGAGGGCAUGAUCCAGAGUUACGCGGAAAGGGAGUACAUCUGAAAAGCAUAGAAGCUCAGACGCAUUUGGUUCAGCACGCGCCUUGAAGUCUACGUAGUCCUUUGUAGAUCCUGCAUUGCAUAAAAUGAUGAUAGUGAAUUUUGGCUAUCACAGUACAUCGCUCUGGGCACCAUCGACCC